UCUACUCUCGGCUGCAUAGUGGAGUUUGAUAGGCUGGUGGAGAGGGGAACUGCAGCAGAGUAGCACCGCUGUCAGGAAACAGAAGCCCACUACGAAUGCAACUCGCAUAACCAGCUGAACGAGGACGCCGUGUCUGUGUGAUUUACCAUGACAACUGAAUCAGGCGCCGACUCGGAGGCCAAGCAGCCACAGGAGAAUAAGGAGACAGAAAAGGGGAAAGCAAAAGCGGCAUCCCAACCCAGCCAGGUGGCAGCCGAGCCCGCCUUGCCUCAGAACCAACCGGAGCAGCUUCCAGCCGCCGUCGGACACAGUACCCCGGCCAGGAAAGAACAGGAGCAGCAGGAAGAGGAUCUGGUAUCCCACAGGUCAUCCACCAGUCGUCUGUCUAGGUCUCCGCUGAGAGGAGUCAAGAAGGUGAAGAUCAUGCAGUGUAAAGUCACUCUGCUGGAUGGCUUAGACUUCACGCUCAAUGUAGAGAAACGAGCCAAGGGCCAGUUCCUCUUUGAUAAAGUGUGUGAUCACCUCAACCUACUAGAGAAGGACUAUUUUGGCAUUACAUAUAGAGAUGUAGAGAAUCAAAAGAAUUGGCUGGAUCCUUCCAAGGAGCUGAAGAAGCAGAUCAGGACUGGACCCUGGAACUUUGCUUUCAAUGUAAAGUUUUACCCACCAGACCCCUCACAACUGACUGAGGACAUCACAAGGUACUACCUGUGCUUGCAGCUGAGGGAUGAUGUAGUUUCAGGUCGCCUGCCCUGCUCCUUUGCCACCCACACGGUGCUGGGCUCGUAUACAGCGCAGUCCGAACUUGGAGACUAUGACUCAGAGGAACUCGCCAGCGACUACCUCAGUGAACUGCGCUUCGCACCCAACCAGACCAAAGAGCUAGAGGAGAAGGUCAUGGAGCUCCACAAGACUUACAAGGGGAUGUCACCGGCUGAUGCCGAGAUGCACUUCUUGGAAAAUGCCAAGAAGCUAUCCAUGUACGGUGUGGACCUCCACCACGCUAAGUUGGUAGGGAAUCUCUAUGAAUGCUUGGCUCCAGCUGAGGGAGAGGACUCGGAGGGUGUGGAGAUUAUGCUGGGAGUUUGUGCAAGUGGCCUACUCAUCUACAGAGACAGGUUGCGGAUCAACAGAUUCGCCUGGCCCAAAAUCCUCAAAAUCUCCUACAAAAGGAACAACUUCUACAUCAAAAUCCGGCCCGGCGAGUUCGAGCAGUUUGAAAGCACGAUUGGUUUCAAGCUUCCAAAUCAUCGUGCUGCCAAAAGGCUCUGGAAAGUCUGCGUGGAACACCACACCUUCUUCAGGCUCGUAUCCCCCGAGGCACCCCCAAAGAAGUUCCUGACUCUCGGCUCCAAAUUUCGCUACAGCGGCAGAACACAGGCUCAGACACGCAGGGCCAGUUCUCAGAUCAUCAGACCUGCUCCGUUCUUUGAACGCACCUCCAGCAAACGCUACAACAUGUCCCGCAGCUUAGAUGGAGCUCCAAUUAUGGAGAACCAUGAGACCCUGAUGAAGGACAAUGCUGUUGACGGGGAAGCCAAAGUCAUUGCCAAGGGAGAUAUUAUCACCACUGUAACAACUGAGAAAAAAGCAGAGGAAGAGAAGGCUGAGGAGGGGGACGCUAAGAAGGACACAGCAGAGACACCAGAACCUGCUGCCACAUCACCGCUCAGACAAGACACAAAGUGCACCCCUCAUGCAUUCACAUCUGACCCCCUCCGUUCUGAGCUCUCGCUCCCUUCAUCCCCCAUUUCAUCAACUAAAGUACGGCGCAGGCACAGGGAGAACACCCGCAAGCGGGCUUCAUCAGUCAGUCCAGUCAAGAGCAGUACCGGGUGCCGCCGCCGGCAAGCCCGCGCCGACCAUAAAGCUGCCCUGCUGGAGGAGCAAGCUCUGCUUUUGUCAGCCCGCAAGCAGAGGCUGGAGCAGGGCAAGAGCCGGGGCGGCACGCUCUUCUCCUUCUCCCUGCACCUGCCCGAUCUGUCGUCCAUCCUAGAUGAGGAUGGCUACAUCACAUUCCCUGACCUGUCAGAGAUGCGCUUCCUUCCUGAGUGUGCGCAGAACUUCCUCCCCAUUAAGUCACCUUCACUCAUCCCCUGCUUCCUUUUCAUCUUCUUCUUCCUGCUUUCCACUUCCUUCUCUGUGCCCUAUGCCCUCACCCUCUCCUUCCCGCUGGCGCUGUGCCUCUGCUACCUGGAGCCCAAGGCAGCCUCCCUGACCGCCUCCCUAGCCCAGAGUUACCAUGACCAUGACAGUUCAGAGGAAGAGGAGACUGACAGCGAACAAACUGAUUUUGCCUUUGAUGGAGAGAUGACCGCUACAGAGUCUGAAGCAGAUGAGGACUCUGAGAUGCGGACGCAGGACACAGAGCCUCCGGCGGAGGUCGUCAAGCACCAAACCAACAUCAGCGAAUUGAAGCGUUCCUUCCUGGAGACCGACGGAAGCAUCACCACGCCCGGUCUGACAGAGUGGGAGAAGAGACUCUCCUCGUCCCCUAUGCGCUCACCUAGAUCGGAUGAGGCACCAAUGAUAGAGCCGCUGGAGCUGGAUACUAAAGAAGAUGAGCCAGCAGCAGAUGAGACAAAAGAGGUGGAACCUAAAAUCACUGAGGCAGCAGGUUAUCUGGUGAAAUAUGUGGUGGAUAGUAUGACAGCUGAUGGGCCCACCUCCUCUGGGCCUCAUGGGAUUAGUCUGUCAACCACUAUGGACGACGACGUCUUUAUGGACGGGACCCUGAGGGAGGUGGAGGAGAAAACCCCUGAGUCCCAGGACGAGGUGUCAGAGAGGUUGGUGGUGAAGGUCAGCCCCGGAGCUAUGAGACAAGAAGUGUCCCAAGCCAUCAGCGACAAGAAAGGGACGCUAAUUAUCCUGAAGGACGCCGAGGAUAAAUCAGACACUGAGGGCAAAGAGAAAAGUGCUGUCCCUGGAGAGUUUAAAGCUGAUGAGCAUGUAAUGCGGAUGGCUUCUAAAGAGGAAGAAAUCCCCAGAGCAGACACUUCAGUUGUUACAGAAGCUCAAACUACAGCCGCCAAGAUGCUGAGUCCGAAGGUGGAGAUAAAAACAGACAGCAUGACUCAGAUUAAAGGCAUUGACUCGCCUAAGAAGGCUAUGGCAUCAUGGAUCUCUGAGGAGGUGAAGACGGAGACUCCAGAGUUCAUCAGUAUGUCAACAAAGGAAGUAAAAGAUAUGAAGACUUCUGAUGGACUACAGGAGAGAGCAGAAAUCUUCACUUUCAAAGAAGUCCAGUCUGAGCAGUCAAAAUCCAGCCUGACUCAGAUUACAGUUUCUGAAUCUUCAACUACAUCUUUAGUUGUGUCUACGUUGGAGUGUGUUUCCUCCUCUCAAAAGGCACCAGCUGGUCAGGAGGAGAAACCGGUGAUAGAGACGGAGGCACUCCCAGCCAAGUCUGCAGGGCCAUCGAGUCCCGACAUUACCGCAGUGGCUACCAAAGACAUGCCCGUGAUCCACACUGAGACAAAAACGAUCACCUAUGAAGCUGCAGAGGUUGAGACUAACGGUGAUGCAGACCCCGGAGUGUUGCUGAGUGCUCAGACGAUAACCUCAGAGACCACCAGCACCACGACAACCACACACAUCACAAAGACGGUGAAAGGAGGCAUAUCGGAGACAAGAAUCGAGAAAAGGAUCGUUAUCACCGGAGACGCAGACAUCGACCAUGACGAGGCUCUGGCUCAGGCCAUAAAGGAGGCUAAAGAACAGCACCCUGACAUGUCAGUGACCAAAGUAGUGGUACAUAAAGAGACAGAGAUCACGCCAGAGGAGGGGGAGGACUGAACCAGGAAUAACUCUGAGGGCUUUUUUUUUUUUUUUUUUAAACCUCUGCACCCUCCCAGAAUCCAGCAUCCAGAACUCCACAUAUAACGUCGGGACUCUCAGAAGACUAGAAAGGCCUCCUACUCUCCAAGUGCUGCAGCUCCGCCGCUAGUCACAGCCAUCAUCUGCAAAACAACUAAAUGCAUUUUGCAUGAGAAGGAAGCAACGUUGCAUUAUCAAACAAGAUUAUACAGAAAACCAUGUGAUUCUCCAAGUGGUUCCUCAAUCCGUCUGCACGCCAAAUCCCUGUGUGCAGCAAGCGAAACCUUUUGCUUUCACUGCCUUAUAUGACUUUGAUGCAUUUUUAUGAUUAUUGAGAAUAAUUAUUGUAGCAACGUUUUAUUUAUGAAAUAAAGCCAUCACUCCGGAAACUUAAAAUCGCUGUAGGCUGUAUAUGUUAGAGAGCGUACACUAUUUAACCUCGCAGUAGAAGUGCCAACGUUAUUUACAAGCAAGCAUCGCCUCAUUCCUUCAAACAGCUCCGUGGUUAUCCAGCAGGUAUGUCACUACAGAAAUCACUACAGCUACGUACUGUACAUAUCAAAGCUUUCCUAGGAAAAUAGCAAAUUAUCUUUCAAAGUUGAUUUUUUUUUUUUUUGUUUGUCAUGUCUACUUGAAUAGCAUUUUCCUUUAUAUCAGUGUUUCAUCAUUUCUCAUUGAUUCCCCCACUUCAAGGUUUUUAGAGACUAUGUCCUGGCAAAAAAGUCAAGAAAUCAAAGGUUUCUGGGCAUGAAAUGGAUUUUAUUUGCCUGUGGAGGGUUUGUUUUUUCUCCAGGGUAGAUGAUCAGCUGCAGCACAAGUGCCAGGUUUGUGUGACUGUGAGGCAAAGGGUUCAGACUGGCGAGCUCUCCCCUGAUUUACAUUCAAAGCCAAGAGAGAUCUAUAAUCCCCCUCCACUUUCGCCCACCCUGAACACAUCAGCUGUGUUGCCCCCCUCUUAUCCAUUCUAAUGUAUCCAAAAAAAUGAGUAUUAUUGAUGUACAGCUGUGUUUUCCUCAAAAAGGUGCAACAAAAGUGGCAAGUGCAUUUGUUUUGUUUUGUUUUUUUUAAUUUGCUGGUCUCUUCUAAAAUAAU